GGCAGGCAACACACUUCCAUCUCCCUACCUAUCCUAUGCGUCCAAGGAUGAGCCACUACAUAUAGAUAUGGAUAGCGGAUCAAGACAUUGUGCAGCGAGAAAGAGACCGUCCCAGGUCUUGAGAGCUUGCUGGGAAUGUAAACGACGGAAGAUGCACCAACUCUCUCAACCUUCAGGUUCAGGGGACGAAUCGAGUCUUGGCGGGAUGGGCAGCAGUGGAAGCACCGACGGUGAACAACACCCGUGUCCGUUGCACAUCGGGGAAAGACUUAGCAAGCUGGAGCAGCUUUUUGAGAAGUUCGUUUGUCGCAGAUUUGCGAGUAUACCGUCCAGCCCUUCUUCCACCUUGAACCUCUCCCGGAGCCCCACCAUUGCUGGACCGGACUCUGAUGAGAAGCCCAAGUCGCUGUUCGGCAUUCUGCCGGAGAUCAAAACAGAGUCUCACAGCAUUUCAACCGUUGGCGAAAAAAUUGUCCACUGGCAAGCUACGCAGGAGGACCCCACGGCGCAGAUAUCAACUUGGACCUCGACGCCAUCAACCAGGGCUCUUGCCGACAGACCAGACAAGUCGGAAUGUGACUCAGCACGCAGGGGUUUGGUCGCACUUCUACCCUCCCAGCAUGAUUCGGACGUAAUAUUCGGCUCGACCAACAGCUGGACCAUCUUCGAAAGCGCCUACAAGCCUUCAAGAGCGCUUUAUGUCAACCAAGAUCCCAGAAGUUAUGCUUUGGAUAUGUCUGCCGUUGCGAAAGAACCCACGGUUGUUAUAGCACGCACUUUGCUCCACCUGGCCAUCUGCAUAGGUUCUCUUCCGCCCGAGUUCGACUCUACACGCUUGAACCAUAUCUGGUCCUUGAACACCACCGCCGAGAAUUAUGUCAAUGCCGUUUCUUCAUUCGUUUCGGUCGCCGAUGAGAUGGUCUGCACCCUGCCCGGUCUAGAGACGCUCCUUCUCCUGACCGUCUACCAAAUCCAGAGCGCCAACCUCAGGCAAGCCUGGCUCAUCUGCCGGCGAGCUGUCAACUUAGCCCAGUUAAUGGGCUUCCAUCGAAUCAUCAGGAAGCCGAAAAUCAACCCUCCGAUAGAAGCCAUCGAGGGCGCUAAGAUCCUGUGGCGCUCCAUUGUUGACGUCGAAACAUACCUCGGCCUACAUCUCCGUCUCCCAUUCGCUUCGGAAGAGUAUCCUUGUGAAGAGGGUGGCGACGCCCGUAUGAUUCACCGUGCCGAGCUCGUCAUGCUCUCACGGCAGAUCUCUCAGCUCGAUGGCACCAUUACGCCCCAAACUUAUGUCCAUGCUCUCAGCCUGGACGAGAAGCUCGAAUCUCUCAUGAAGCAACUCUCGAAAGAGUGGUGGGAGGUACCGAGCAUGCCAUCAACAGCACGGUCUGAGGAAGCGGCAAUGGUGCUGCAGCGACUAGUGCAACAGAUCUGGCAUCUGGAACUCAAGAUCUUCGUACACCUCCCAUUCCUACUGCGCGCUCAGUAUGAGAGCAGGUAUGAGUAUUCCAAGAUCACGGGGCUGCAAGCGAGCCGGAAUAUCAUCAUGAGAUGGUUCGCGCUGCGGAAUGCUGCCGUCACGCAGACGUGUUGCAGGUUUGCCGAACUCGGGGUCUUCAUCGCCACUGUCACCAUAGGGCUCGACAUACUCAUCGACAUGGCGACGAAGGAGAAGAGUGUGGUGCAAAGAACAAGGGGCAGCGACUUCGCCAUGGUGUGUCGCGUCGUCCGAGAAAUGGAGAAGCUGAGCCAGGGCAGUUCAAGGGAGAAGUUCGCUGCUCGCAGCGCCGUGGUCAUCAAAAAACUGCUCUGGGCGCUGGACCCGAAUCGGCGCACCGAGGGCAGCGGAAGGCUCACCAUUCCAUACUUUGGGACUAUAGAGAUCGCGUUCCACAAACCGCCCAUGCGGCCGGCUUUUGAUCUCGACUCGGACAGCGCGCGAAAGCUGAACAACCCGACUACUGGAACCCACUCACCAGUCUUCUCGUUUGUUAGUAAUGACUUGUGGCCGCCGGCUGAGAACAGCUGUGGAGGGGAUUUGGAUUUUGACAUCAUUUUGUUCGAUGGGCUGGAGGACAAAGAUAUGGAGGGGAACUGGGUGUUCUGACGAAGUUAUUGUAUUGCCAUACACUCUCAUCUUUUCUUUUGUUUGCCAUUUGCAUGAUACCUAGGAUGUCCGGCGUUUUGGAUCUUCGGCGUUGUACCAAUCCAUCCCCCGGGCCUUUUGAGUGUUUGUAUCUGGAGAGAGCUGGUUUGGGAUUUGGGGGUUUGGGGGUGGGGGGAGGUGUGCCUGUGGUCAGGG